UUGUUGAUUCUCACUACUUCGGUCUUCUUUCUGUUGACACUUAAGCCAGUCUUCUGUGCUUCCUCUGUUAGCUUGCUCAGUUUGGUUUGCGCAUGUUGUUGCCGAAGAGAUAGGUAACUGAUGUCAUCUCAAAAGUCCAGUUCUUCUAGCUGUUUGGUGAAGGUCCAAUGGAUACCGAUGUUGUAGUCUUGGGCUGUCUUGCGCAUAGUCCAGUCUAUGACCAUCAGGAAUAUUGUUGGGGAUAAUAUUUAAUCUUGUCUUACGCCGGUCUUCAUUACGAAAGGUUUAGUGAGUUUGCCGUUGUGAAAAACCUGGCUUCGUACAACACCUGAAUAAUGUUUAUGAGCUUAUGUGGAAUGCCAUUGUUGAUCAUCAGCCUCCAGAUGACGACCCUGUCUACCCUGUCGAAUGCCUUCUCAAAGUCCACAUGAGGUAAAAUAUUAAUGAUCUAAAUAUAGGACACGAUUAGACACGAUUGGCAGCACAUUAGUUGCUGGUGAAACUAGUGAAGUAAGGAAGUUAGAGUGUAACGAGAGGAAAUAUAUGCCAAACCUGAGCCAACAAAUGGUCCUAGACAUUAAGUGUUUUGCUUGUUUUUUUUUAACUUGUUUUUUUUUAAAUUUCGUGCAGCAUAUCGCGACACCUUAUUGAACUUUCUAUGGAUCGUGGGGUCAGUGUUCGUCGUGUUUGGCAAGUUCCGUGAAAAAUGUUUGCUCCUCCUUUAACGACCCACUGCGAGAACGUUAUCUUUAAUCGACAAAAUGUUAAAAACAAAAAUACAGCCUCACACGUGCACACAUUAACUGCUAACUACUCCCCACACCUCACGUGUGUCGGUGGAUCACGUGGUUUUGACGUGUGUGGACAUUGUGCAGGAGCACAGAAGCCGGAGGACGUCUUCGGAGAACGUUGGCAGACAAGGGCGAGAAAUGAUUUCAAAAUUCAGAUGUUUGCUUUAUUUUUCUGUCAUCUCUACUUUGACUGUUGUGUCGCUAAUAGUAACCAUGCCGUACAUGACAAGUGUCAUAUUGAAUAUUAAUCAGUUUAAUUGGAAGAACGCCACGAAUGCUUUACACUUACAAGCGGAAAGGUUCCUUUCGCGUGUUGGUGCAAUGAAUCCUGGCCAGACAAUGUUGUCUUCGGAAAGAAAUACAACAGAAGGAAAUAAUCAAGGAAGUGACAAAGAAGCUAGGAGAGCUACUGGUAAAAAAUACCCGGAUGUUACUUCUUCCUUCGCCCCCGGCAGAUUGGAUACACUGGAAAACAAGCAUCUUCAGGUUGCCAGCAAGUCACUACUGAUGUACGCGGCAUACUAUGAUGACGUCAGGAAGCCAGCCAGGAUCACCAUUGUCGGAAUUCGAGGCCAAAAUUUCUCCUCUCCGUCUGUAAACUGCAGCUUUUCUAACACAAAAGACCACCAACAGGGGCACACAACUCAUUUCAGCAGCACCUCUGGACGAGUAGAGGAUCUUCCCGACCACCAUUCUUAUUGGUACAGACCUGUCUACAUUUUCUGUUCGCUCCCAGAAGGAAAGUUGCGACCCGAUCACGUGUCUGUCGUCUGCCACAACGACUCUGUGCCCAACCUCCUACAGAUCACUUAUCCCUACAAGGGACCUCACCGCUAUCAGUUCUCCAUGUGUGUGUCCCCUGUCUACGGCGGCUACAACAUCUGGCGACAGUCGCUGGAGUCGAUGGAGAUGGCCCGGAUGUUAGGAGUGGAUCACGUUAACGUCUACGUCGAGAAAGCGGGACCCAACCUGACCCGGGUUCUGCAGCACUACGUCGAUCAGGGUUUCAUGAGUGUUCUCCCUUGGAACGGCAUCCCUUCUAAUGUCCACGCCCACGCGCAGGUAGGCUGCAUGCACGAUUGUCUUCUGCGCAUGCGCUACGUGACCAAGUACGUCGUGUUCAUCGACCUCGACGAGCUCAUCAUACUUCGCACCAACAACACGCUGAGAGAGAUGGUGGAGCACGUGCUGAAACAGACAAAGGAUGCCGACAAGGUGGGAGCUAUCAUGGUGAGGAACUCCUUUUUCCACCACGCUCCUCAGGAGAAGAUCAACAUCACCGACACUUACCUGCAGGCCAACCUUACCGGAGGGCUGUUCACCAAAGCUCGGCUCUACGACCUUAAAAGUGUUUUAAUGCAGUUUCGUGGGAAGCCGUGGGAACCGCCGCAACGCUGUCGAACCAUCGCCGAUCCACUGAGGGUGGACACGAUGGCUGUUCAUCAUCCAGAGACGAUGUUCGGUGACUUCAAGGUGGUCGUGGUGGACCCCAAGAUUGGCCUGUUGCACCAUUAUCGUUAUGGCUGGCACAAUGAGGACACAGUAAGGGACACAACUGCUCACAGGUUAACUCCCAUUCUUGUCAAAAGACUGGAGGCUGUUUAUAAGCAGCUGGGCUUGAAACCUGCUGAUGACCAUAGGAGAUAACAAAGGGAAAUGAAUUUUCGGUGAUUAGUACUGACGUUUUACCAUGCCUGUUUAUGAUGCUAUAGCUUUUUAUCCCAAAUUAAUAUAACUAUUUGGUUUUUAGGAAUGUGGUGAAAAUAUAUAUAUAUAUAUAUUCAUAUAUUCUCAAUAUUAUUUAAGAGGUCCAGCACACAACGAUGUCUGUGAAAGUAAAUAAAGUUGAAAAGAUCAAGUUAGCAAAUGUUUGUUUGUCCAUCUCUGUUUUAACAGACAUUAAA